ACGUCAACGAGAUGAGCUUUAAAAAAAAAUACAAGGCUUACAUCACCAAAUCCAUUAACCGCCUCCUCCCAAUCAACAACAGAACACUGAUCGUGCGCACUAUGUGCCAAUACGAUGAUAGAGGUUAUUGCGGUUAUGAGCACGGUGGUGUCGCGAAUUCCUUGAAGAAGAAGGAAACAACAAUAAACAAAACAAAACAACACAACACAGACGGGAGGAACUUCGUGCUAAGCUGUGAAACAGUAUCAAGCGCUUUGAUAUAAACACAGCGGCGACUAGAUAAUAAUGUCUGAAGGUGACAACGGCAGUGGGGUAAACCCGGGUGCUGAAGAUGCUGUGAUGAAGAAUUCAGAGGUUGAACAUCAAGAAGACGAGGCUAAUGUUGAUGAAGGUGCUUUGGAUGACUUGUUGGCUGAAGGAGUGAUUGAUGGGGAUGACUCAAUAGUUGAGGCACAUAUCGCAUCUGUUGGCGAUGUUUCACCUCCUGGAACAAUUGCAACUACUCAAGAUGAUGAAUCUGCCGCACAGAAUGAACAGAAUGAAACUGCUGGACAGAAUGAGCAGAUUGGAUCCAUUAAUCCUACUGAACAGACUGAACAAGUUCAAUCAGUUAAACCAUCUGAAGAGACUAUACCGAUUGAAUCAGCCGGAACUCUGAAAGACAACAACGCAGUUGAACACACCGAAAGUCCUGAUACUACAGAAUAUCGUCAACCUACUGAAUCUAAUGACCCUGUUGUACCUGUUGAACAUGCUGAACCUCAUGAGACAACGGAGUCUUUUGAACAAAAUAACCCUGAAACUGUUCAAUCCCUCAACUCAAAAGAUGAAGAACAGAUAGAUAAUGAACAAAGUGAAGUACUUUCUAAGAGUGGAACUGAAAAAGAGUACAGUCAUCCUCAGGAUACGACAAAUGAUGAGAAGGAUGGAACUGAAGAAGAGGAUGAUGCAACUGGUGAGCAACCUGAAACAUCUGUGAACAAAGGAGAAGAGGAAAACCAAAGGGAUGACCAAAGUGUGAUUGAUAAAUCAGAAAAGCAAAAACACUCGAAAAACGCAUCAGGAACUAGUCAAUCUACGGAGAAAUCCAAGUCACCUAAUCUUCAAACUUCCAUUGCUGAAAAUGAUGAACCUUCAGAGAUUGAAAAGACCUUACCUGAUAACACGCCGACUUCUCCAGAGGCAACAAUAUUCAAGGUUGAAAAGACAGAUCUUCAAGAACAUACGAAGUAUAUUCGCACAUUCCCAAAGAACUUCUCCCCAGCUUCGGUGAAAGCACCAACUUUCACAGAUAACAAGAUGCUUACCCCAACAAAAGAUGAUUAUGUGUAUACAAAGACUUCAGAAAAGGGUGAAACUAAAGUAACGAAAAAUGGACAUCUUCUUGGUGGAAGAAGUUAUAUCUUCUCCACUUUUACCCUCCCUGGACGAGGGAAAAAACUUUAUGUGCUAGCAGCUGAGGCUGCUAGAACAUUGGGGGUCAGAGAUGCAUUCAUACUAUGUGCUCGCUUAAAACAACUUUGCAGACACAGUGCCAAUGAGGAAGAUAGAAAAUUCCUUGAAUCUUCUGGUAUCCUACCAACAAAAAUUCGGAAUAGAACGAUUGGUCUCGUUUCGGCCAAGUCUCUAUUCAUGAAUUUAGGUGCUCGUGUUGUGCUCAGUGGUAAAAGAAUCGUUGAUGAUUAUUGGGAAGAUGAAGCUGUGGAACAAGGUUUUACUGAAGAGAGCCAGAACGCAAAGGCUUAG